AGUUCCCUUCGCUGAUGUGUCAAGAUAUUAUCGAUUCCAUCUUCGACACAUUACUAUAAUCAAACAAUAGCGACGUUGGAGGCGAAUGACAGAAGCACGGAGUAAAUGAAACAGUUUAUCCUUAUAUAUGAAGAUGAAACCGGCAGCAGAGGAGUUUUGCGUAAAUCAAAGGUGUUCGCAAUCGUCUUUCAAGGAAAAGGAUUGUCUGAGCAAGCUUUCAAUGCCAGCGUGAACGAAUCCCAUCCCAUUAUCAGUGAUGAAUUAGAAGUGGAUGACGACGAAGCACGACUUGUGAAAGAUCUAUUCAAGGGCUACAACGAGACUGUCCGUCCAACAGAAGAUAAGCAGUUGCCCAUUGAAGUAAAAUUUGGUAUUGCAUACACACAGAUUGUUGACCUGAUCGAGAAAGAUCAAGUGCUUGUAAGCAACAUCUGGGUCAGAAUGGCAUGGAACAACCAUCUUCUAAAAUGGAACGCUUCUGAGUACGGAGGAAUAAAAACAAUUAACCUGAGUCCACAUAAGGUCUGGCUUCCCGACAUUGUCCUUCACAAUAAUGCGGAGGAAUUGCUUCCAAGUGGAACUCUAUACCUCUUUAAAACCAAAGUGAUCUUGACUUCAGACGGAUCAUGUACGUGGUACGCCCCAACUAUACUUCGCAGUAGUUGCAACAUCGACAUCACUUACUUCCCGUUUGACGACCAGAUUUGUGAGCUUAAAUUCGGUUCCUGGACAUACCACGGACUUGAAGUGAACAUUGUUCAAAUGCGAGAUACAGCAGACCUUAAUUUCUACAUGCAGAGUUCCGAGUUUGAGCUUAUCUCUGCCAAGGCUAAGAGAAACGUAGCCAAGUACAGCUGCUGCCCAGAACCAUAUCCUGACAUAACCUUCUACGUCCAUAUGCGCCGUAUACCUGGCUUCUUCCUCUUCAAUAUCAUCAUUCCUUGUAUGGUGGUCACUUCCUUCUCAGUCCUGACCUUUGCAUUUCCACCGGAAUCCGGCGAACGAGUGACUCUUGUCAUAGAGUCAUUCUUAGCCAUGUCUGUGGUUAUCCUUAAUGUCUCAGAUAGCAUUCCAGUAACAUCAGAUGCUACGCCUAUCAUUGUUAAAAUAUUGCUGGCUGCAAUGUUUCAGAUUGGUGGCACCUUGGUUGCCAACUGCAUAUCCUUGAAUAGUUACAAGAAGACGGAGAUGCCACAGUGGGUUCGAGUGUUCUUUCUUCAUUAUCUGGCGAGAAUGCUGUGCAUCAACACCGGACAUCCAAAAGCUAACGUCAGGUCCACAAGACGAGUGGAUGUUAAGGUGGAGGAAUUUGAAAGCAAUUGCAUCAAGCUGGUGGGAGCAAAAACAUUUAAACCAGUAAACUUGUCACCGAGCAAGCUGCCUGCUACAAUCGCCAAACCCCCAAGCACCUUGACAAAAAUCACGGAGGGAAUUAGUGAGCUCGCGAGGAGAUCUAAGAAAGAGGAAGACGCUGAACUGGACAGAGAGUUCUGGAUCUUUGUAUCUAAGAUUGCUGAUCGACUCUUUUUAAUAAUUUUCUCUAUGGUUCUGCUUUCCUCGACCGGUGCCAUUCUAGCGCAAAUACCAAUAUACGCAAAUUCCCCAUUUCAAUAAUGUGAAAUUGGGUUAGAAAAAGGUUUAUGUAAACAAGACUCGGAAUUAGGUUAAUCAAACAUCGCCCCAUAGUGCAAUUGUCUUAUCCAUGCGCUUAUCUUAGGAUAGUGAUCUUUUGUGGAUUUUUAGUAUGAGUCCACAUAACUGGCGUUUAAAAGGAAACUAUAGGAAGUAAAUUAAUUAACUUUUGAGUUUCCCUAUAUCCUCUAUCGAAAGCGACCUGUAUCAUCAAUGGUCAGAUCAAAUGAUCAACUUAGUGAAUCUUUAGCUAAACUAACAUUAAGUCUGAAUUACACUUGUUGAUUUUAGGUAGACAGUAGUUAAUUACAAAUUAACAUGUUAAGAAACCCCAUUUUCGGUGAAUAGCGGUUUCUAAAGUUUCCUAUGGUUGAAAAUGACGAUAGCGACUAAUGGGCAAACUAAUAUAUUUAAAACAGUUAAAGUGGUAAAAAUACUCAGCACUCAAUGAAUAAAUUCAAUCAAUAUCCCGCCAGUUAUGAUUGAGUGAACUGGUAACCUAGAAUGCAGUUUACUUUGCUUUCCACAGGUGGUAAGCGCGGGUUUGCUUUAAAAUACCAAACUGCAUACAGCUAAAAAAUUUCCCUUAUUGUUUUUAUAAAUUCCAGCCAUGCAUUUCCCAGUAUAUUGUACUAACAAUGAUAAUCUCAGAAGUGUAAUCUUUAUUAAGCUGUGAAGUUUUGAAAAUAGAUACGUCGAUGAUUAAAGGGGGAAAGUUUCUAGAGAAACUGUGGUACUUUGUUAGUGGAGGAGUAUGACAAGAAAAUUUGGUUUCAUCAACUGAGCUGAUCAGCAAAGAGUUUCUAAGCUAGCGUUCGAGCGUCAGCCCUACUUUAUUCGCUCUGACUAAAGGCUUACACAUGAAUGAUUGACCAGUAAUCGCUUAUUUUCUUUUCAUAUGAAAGAAAAACUUGUUUUUUCUUCAUACAUGAAAAAUAAAUUUCGUUUCGAAAAAUUUUCCGACGGUUGACAUUCUCAUGGACACGAAAAAGGUCUCUGAGCAAAGGCUGAACGAGUAACUCAGGUUAUGCAAAUCUGAGUGAUGUAAAAGCUAAUAAAUAAAAUGAAACAUCACUUUAAUUUGUAUGCAAUAAAUGAUGGAAGGUAUGAUGA